AUGAUAGUUGAUUCUGAAGAACGUUAUGAGCGAAGCUCGUCACCGCGCGGCCACGUGGCCUCGCCGCCGCCGCCUCGCACCGCAGCGCCGCCGCCAACACCAGCGCCAGACUCGCCGCAGCAACCACCGUCCCAGCCCCCGACGCAACAAGAGCCGCUGCGACCAGCCUCUCCGCGCCCAGGUCCGUCGUCUGCUCCAGAUCUACCAGAGACACAAGCCCAGGUACUUUCGUCUUCAGCGGGGGAUCAAGAACUCGAUGACGACAUUUUGCUAAUGCUAGGUGAUGCUCCAAAACCAGAACUGGCGUUAGGCGACAGCAUACACAAGGACGUGGCCAGUAGGUGGCAUGAAAUCUUACUAAAAGGUUUACAAAAGGAGGUUAAAGAAAAGCCUUUUCAAGAGUACCUCGUGCCCAGCAAUUGUGACCUCUUAGUUGCUCCUACGCUUAACGCCGAAGCUAAAGCGGCAUUAACAGAUAGUUCAAUAAAAAGAGAUCAUGCCAUAAUGGAAAAACAGAAGCAAUUAGGAAUUGCUCUGUCUGCUCUGGCGCAGGCCAUGGAUCAAUUGCUUAAACCAGAUGCAUCUGUGCAAACAAUCUUGAAACCAGUCAGUGAUGCUUGUCGUAUCUUAUGCGAUAGUCACUACUUAGAAACAAAAACACGUCGCUACUUCGUAGUUUCGUCAAUUAACACCGUUCUGAAAGAGACGCUUACUAAUACGGUUAGAGACGGUUUCCUUUUCGGAGAUAAUGUAUCUGACAAAUUAAAAGCCGCUCAAUCUAUUCAAAAGUCUGGUGAAACAUUAAAACACACACCUAAACCGGUUAACAAUCGUUUUAAUAAAAAUAAUUUUGUACUUAACAAAAAGUCGCAGAAAAACAAUUUAAACUUCAAACCCCUGCAUCAAAGGACGCAGAGCAAGCCCGAUGCAGGGCACUACCGGCCGUCGCCGCGCUCCAGCCGCCCGAGCAGCGUCCGCCCCCCACGCUGCUCCUACUCGCCGCGCCGCCGCAGCUACCGGAGCUACAGGAGACAGCUGAACACGAGGUACGGUACGCAGGACGAUUACGAAACUAUACCCAUAAAUGGGCACAGAUCACUUCUGACCCUACGAUUCUUGAAUGGACCCAGGGGUAUAAGAUUCCUUUUACCUGUGCCUACCAGAAGAGAUUGUCCUGCUGUUUAUUCCAAGACAAGAUCGGAAAGAUCUGACUAUGAAAAAGCUAUCAAUAAACUUUUAGAAAUCAAUGCCAUUUCAAUGUGCGAGCAUGAUCCCGACGAAUUCAUUUCUAGUAUUUUUCUGAUCGGUUGA